AUGGCGCCUCCUUCGUUAAGGAAAUGGGUCACGUUACAGAGCGUACAUUUAGAGGAGAUGCGCCUAGUGGAGGAGCGCUUUCGCAGUAAAGAUAGUGCUACUUUAAGUAGAGCGCUUAUCCAGUCGCGACUGGAACGCCUGAAUGAGAUCUGGGAGAACGCGUGUAAGACACACUUGGAAAUUUCGGCCAAAGAGGGUUCGGAAACGGAUCCGUAUAUGGUGGACGGGGUGUAUGCUACGUUGCAUGCCACUUACGAGGAUAUUCGCGAUUUAUUAGUGACCUCGCGUGUGCCUUUCGAGGCUGUGGUAGAACCAACUUCAACGACUAGGCGAACCGACACGGAGCCAUCCGAACAGGAGACGGAUGCGUCCGUGGCGCGUCUGCCGCGAAUGCCGCUACCCACGUUUUCGGGGAAAUACAAGGACUGGGAGAGCUUUUGCGACCUCUUUACCGCUCUGGUACACGACGUGCCCAAAUUCGCGGACGUGACUAAGUUACAGUUUUUGAAGUCGUGUUUGAAGGGUCCUGCCGCAGAGUUAGUUCGGGAUGUCAAAACGACUAACGCGAAUUACGCCAGUACUUGGCUUGCGCUUAAGGCGAGAUACCAUAACCCACGUCUCAUUCUUGCGAAGUAUCUUACAUCGUUGUUACAACUUCAACCUUUGAAGAGGGAAUCCGCGAUUGGCUUGCGUGCCUUCACUGACGACGCGACGCGGAUUGUUCGUGCGCUCACGAACCUAAGGUUUCCGGUGGCGCACUGGGAUCAGUGGCUCGUCCACAUUCUCGCUGAGAAAUUAGACACGGAGUCUCGGAGACUCUGGGAGGCUGAGCUCAGUGUGAAAGACCAGCAGGUUGUAGAGCUACUGAGUGCGAGUAUGGCGGUGGGGGAUACUGAUCCUGUGAAAUACUUGCCUACUUUCAAAGAUCUGGUGGGUUUCCUAGAAAGAAGAGCGCGGACGCUCAACAUGUUAAGUUCGGAAUCUCUAACGAAUAAGGGGGAGAAGAGAACGGCUCAAGAUAGUAAGCCCAUUAGUAAAACGCGAAAGGUCUUUCACGCUAGCACUUCCUCCACAACAGCGGAUAAAUCGAAAUGUAUCGUCUGCUCGGGGACACAUUCCCUGAUCAAAUGUACUGAGUUUAAGGCGAAGUCGGCGAGCGACCGACAUGAUUACGUGCAGCGCUCGGGUGUUUGCUACAACUGUUUCGGGAAACACCGCGUGCGUGAUUGCAAGUCGGAUAAGCGCUGUGGCGUUCCCGGUUGUCAGCGGAAGCAUCACACUCUUUUGCAUCCAAAGGCGGCAACUACGCCGGCCGAUGAGAGUCGCGCGUCCCCGGCGUUGAGGGCCGAGGGGGUGGACACCAAAGUGAAACCAGCCGUUGUUAGUUCUCAUUCAGCCAGAGCCUCUCCACUCUUGGAGACGGUACUCUUGGCUACGGCUCAGGUCGGAGCUUUAAGCUCGAAUGGGGAGAUAGUUAGAGUCCGUGCGUUGUUGGAUCAAGGCUCGGAGGCCUCUUUCGUAUCCGAGUCAGCUGCUCAGCUACUCCAGUUGCCGAGACGACCGGUGGAAAUCUCGUUGCGAGGGAUUAGCGGUAGGAGAGCCGGUGCUGCUCAUUCGGCUAUACGAUUGGUGUUGAGCUCAUUGGUCGACCCGCGAUCCACAGUCGAGAUCGAUGCUCUUGUUCUGCCGCGUCUCACAGCACCACUUCCAGCCUGCUCGCUGAAGGAGCACGCUUCAUCGCGAUUUCGAGGACUGCCGUUGGCAGACCCGCAGUUCACCACCUCGAACCCGGUGGAUCUUAUCCUGGGGGCGGAAGUGUACGGGCAAAUUCUAAAGUCAGGCGUGAGGCGCUGGCCUGCCUCGCGUCUCGUAGCACAGAACACCGUCUUCGGAUGGGUAGUUUCUGGAGCUGUCACAGCCGACCCGGCACGGCGGGCGGCGUCGGCAUCACUUCUGCAUUGUUCUACAGAUCCGGACUUGCUGAAGGUGAUGGAAGGUUUCUGGAGACUAGAGGAAAUCCCGUCGUCUCUGGAUAAAUGGGACGACGAGGAGCAGAGUUGCGACGAGUUAUUUAGUCGAACGCAUUCGCGAAACUCGGAGGGUCGAUACGUAGUACGACUUCCGUUCAAAUCUAGCCUUCCGGAGGCCGCUAGGGAGACGCGUGGAAUGGCGUUAGGGUCCCUCAGGUCGAUGCAUCGUCGCUUUGCACGGGACGCGAGAUUAGCACAAUCGUAUCGAGAGUUCAUGGAAAUGUACGAGUCGCUCGGACAUAUGGAACGAGUGCCUCCGGAGGAGAUUGCCAACCCUUCGGCUUGGUACCUGCCUCAUCACGCCGUUGUGCAGUGCUCGUGCACGGCGUGGAAGUUACGUGUAGUCUUCGACGCUUCUCGUCAGACUAAAGGAGGUUACUCCUUGAAUCAUUACAUGAUGAAAGGUCCCCCGUUGCAGCGCGAUCUUGCAUUGAUACUGCUUAACUGGCGUAGAUAUCGAUUCGUGUUUACCACAGAUAUUGUGAAGAUGUUUAGGCAAAUCGGGGUUGUGCCUGCCGAUCAGGAUUGUCAGAGGAUCGUGUGGUCCCCGGACCCGACGGUCGACCCUGUGGACUAUCGACUAACGACGGUGACGUAUGGCACUAACAGUGCUCCGUAUCUUGCGAUACGUACGCUUUUACAAUUGGCUCGGGAUGAGGGGAGUAGGGGAUUAGGGGCGCGUUGUCUCGAGAAUUACACCUAUGUGGAUGACGUAUUCGCGGGCGCGGAUGACCUAGCACGUGCGGUGAAGAAGCGUUCUGAACUUGUGGAACUUUUGGGACUGGCCGGCUUCCCGCUCGAUAAGUGGGCGGCGAACCACCCGAGUCUCUUACCCAUUCAGCCUCGGUCAGUUUCCUCCACGCGAAUCAACGACGUUGAGUCGGUUAAGACACUCGGUAUUUACUGGGAUUCCAUCCAGGAUGCCUUCAGAUUCGAUAGCUUAGCGCCUAAAUCCACAUCAGAUUCGGUGACGAAAAGAGUGAUCCUUUCGGAUAUCUCUAGAUUAUUUGAUCCAUUAG